AUGCAGAAGCAAGAAAUUAAAGAGGCCUUUGACUUAUUCCAUGCUGAUGGCUCUGGGACCAUAGAUGUGAAAGAAUUGAAGAUUGCAUUGCGGGCCUUAGGAUUUGAACCAAAGAAAAAAGUAGUUAAACAAAUGAUAGCUGAAAUGGACAAAGAAGGAAUUGGCACCGUUAGUUUUGAAUUUUUUUUUGCCAUUAUAAGUGUAAAAAUGGGUGAUAAAGAUGAAAAAGAAGACAUAUUGAAGGCUUUCAAAUUAUUUGAUGAUGAUGAUACUGGGAGGAUAACACUAAGUAAUAUCAGGAGAGCUGCCAAGGAGCUUGGGGAGAAUUUAACCCAUGAUGAACUGCAGGAAAUGCUUGAUGAAGCUGUUGUGAUGGGGAUGGAGAAGUAA